UAAAGUAGACCGUGACUGGAAUAAUGUGCCGAUUGGACUAUAGAGCUGUGUCAUCUACUACACCUGUUUUCCUUUUCCGUUUCCGUCUCCUUAAGUGUGCCGCCGAGGGUUGCUAGGCAACAGCCCCAGAGUUGCUUUGGAUUAGAGUCCCUGCGGCGUUUCCGGCGGAAGAAAGUAACCUCCAGUGUUCUGACUCUAAAGAAAAGACCGCGGUUGUUGACAGUCUUAAAUUGAAGAGAAAGAGGGAGGUGACUUGUACAAAUAAAGACUGACGGUGGGGGAUUAAUAUUUGGAUUAUUUCAAGAUGAGCUUCCUGUUGCCCAAGCUGACCAGCAAAAAGGAAGUCGACCAGGCAAUAAAAAGCACUGCAGAGAAGGUGUUGGUUCUCAGGUUUGGGAGAGACGAGGAUCCUGUGUGUCUGCAACUAGAUGAUAUUCUUUCUAAGACUUCUUCUGACUUGAGUAAAAUGGCUGCUAUUUAUCUGGUGGAUGUGGACCAAACUCCAGUUUAUACACACUAUUUUGACAUCAGUUAUAUUCCAUCUACUGUAUUUUUCUUCAAUGGGCAGCAUAUGAAAGUGGAUUAUGGGUCUCCAGAUCACACUAAGUUUGUGGGAAGUUUCAAAACCAAACAAGACUUCAUAGAUUUGAUUGAAGUAAUUUAUCGAGGAGCAAUGAGGGGAAAACUUAUUGUCCAAAGUCCUAUUGAUCCCAAGAAUAUUCCUAAAUAUGACCUUCUCUAUCAAGACAUUUAGCACAUUAACUGCUGUCAAAGUUGAAGAGAAAGGCACAUCUCGAGAAACAGUAUCUGAACGCAGCUGUGCUGUAUUUCUGGAUUCCUUCGGAAACGAGCUCAGUGUCCCAGUGGAGGAGAGGUUUGACUUGUAUAGAAAAUACCGGCCCCAAGCAGAAGACCCUGCCAGGACUGUGAUGAUCUGGGAAGCCUGUGUUUAUUCCCCGCAAACCUCAGAGCACUCAGAUCAACUGUGAUCAGUUUCCCUGCAUGAUUUGUUUGACUUUUCUCUAUAUUGUGCUUUUCUUUAUCCCUAAUGUAAUACAGAAUUCCCCUAAACAUUGGCUAGUACAAUUUGAUUUAACUAUGUUUAUUUGAUACACAAGUAAAAUGGAAGAAGCAAGAAUACUUACUUUCUACCCUAUGUGUACAUACACACCCCCCACCCUCAUCCUUGCCCAUUCCUCCACUCACAUAUUUAUAGCCAUCGUGCUCUUUUACUGCAGUCCUAAUUGUCCCAGUUUCGCUUGAAAUGAAUAAUUCUCUACUGAAAACAGGCAAGUUCGCUUUAUUUUGGAGCCUUCUGGCUCACACUUUGAAAACAGUGUCCUGGUUUGUAAAGUUACUAGCUUUUGUGCUGUUACAUUGCCCUGGAAGUGAAACUUGAACCUUUACCAUCCAGCACCCAAUUUGAGUUUAAAAAAAAAAAAAAAG